AUUAGUAGAAAAUAGAUAUUAGACGAAAGAAAUAUAACUAUAAAGAAGAAGGGGUAGAUCUCGGAGUGGGAAAUAACGAGCGUUGCAACGUCUGCGAGAGUCGUGUCGCUACUUCCGAGGAAAUAACAUCUUAUAGGAUACUUUGUAAGUUCAGGUAGCGAGGAAGAAGUAAUUAUAUUAAGAAUGUCAAGACCAAUCCUUAGCAGACCGCGCACGCGCGUGUAUGGAUGCAACUAUGACAAAGGGGAAUCAUAUUAUAAGCCAAUGGUCGAUCACUUGGAUCGAAAGUAUAGCUCACGACCACUUUUCUCCGAACCAAGAAGUUCGUUGGCUGACGAGAUUGCAGCCCGACGAGGUGACAUCGGCACGCGUGACCUCUCCGCCCCCCGCAACAGUCCCCUUGGACGUGACCUUGACCUUGAAUUAGAUCCUUCCAUCCGCUGCCCACAAUUGCCCGCACAAUUACCCUCGUUGGCCGUUGCCGACAACUUGUUCCCCGAAGACGAGGAUGUUGUCUACGACAGCCGUGGGCAGCGUAGUCGGCGCCGAUUCGCCGAGAAUUUCGCCAACGACGUCGCGGCGACGACGCAACAUUUGAAAGCGAAACUGGCCGCGAUCGGGUUGGAGGACGAGGUCGACGCCGUGUUGGGGAGAACGCGACGCGUACGCCAAGAGCAGGAGACUGGUCUCGACGCGAGGAGGUGCGAUCUGCGGGAUGUCAAGUCGAUCGGCGGCGAGGAGGCGGAGACGAGGACGUUCAAAAGGCGCUCCAAGCUGUUCGACGAGGGAGACCGUUCGGAGGAGAGCAGGCCGGUGCUCGCCAAGUGGUCGAAAUUGAUGGACGAGAGCGAGGACUCGGGCGCGGCGACGAGGGCCAGACAGACGAAAGCCCGUUUGAGCGAUCUCGAGUCCGAGAUGGAGGAGCUUGCCGAGAGGCAGGCGAAAAGGGAGCGCAGGGCAGCUGCCCUGAGAGCGUUGAUCAAUGAAAACACCGCGGACACGGAAAGUCUUCGGGAGCAGUCUGUCGUUAGCAAAAAGGUUUCGAUCCGUGAGCGUGCCGAGAAACACGUCGCCUUUUGAGUAGCUGAAAUAAGAGUAAAUAUUUAUGACCCAUCCAUGUGAAUCUCCCUUACCUGUUUAUCAUUAUUUUUAAAUGUAUACUAUCUUCUUUUCGAUCGACGCUCCUAAUGAUCCUACGGAUAUUCUUUGUAUGUACAUAUCGAUCAUCCCUUUCUUGCAUUGUAUCUGUACAAAGUGUAGUGGGGCAUUAGUUGGAAAUACGGUUUUAAUUAUCGGUUAUUUUAUAUAUAUUCGAUUGUAAUGUAUAAUAGAUUCUUUAUAUGUUAUCACACACGUGUAUAUACACGGAGUAACUUUUACUUUACGCUUUUACUUUAUUGAAAGAAGAUAUUUCUUGUUUAAGUUUGAAAAGGUUGUUAAAAAUACUAUCUAAGUAAAGGAUUAAUUUUAUUUAUAUACUUUUAUCGUUGUUAGGCUUGUUAGGGUUCAAAUUGCAAUAAAAUAAGAAAGACAUUUUCUUAAUGUUAUUGUAUGUAUGCAUUCUUCUUAUUUGUAAAUAAAUAUUGUUCUUCAUUUGUGCCACGACA